AUGACGGUGAGAGUGAGAGUGAGAAUAGUAGACAAGCUCAAGAUAGCCUUUUCUUUUUCUACCAAUACCGAUCUUUACUUCUCUCCUUUAUGGAGAAUCUUUAAAUCCCACCAAGAUUUGUAUAACAUUCUAUGUAUGGCCGAUCCCUUCUGUAAUGUUACUCGGCCAACGAUUCUGCAAUCCCGCCUUCACUCCUUCAGUUUAUGUCACAACUCCCUUACCUCUUCAAAAUACUUUCGAAUCCUAACAGGUCCUCUGCAAUCUGACUCUGAGUCACACUCAGUUAUGGAGUUCGGAGUUCAAAUUACAAGAGCUCAUCGAAAUCUUCCCAAAGAAGCCUCGUCUAUGGAAGCUUACAUGGCUAAAGGAGAUUAUUCCCUUUGAUUUCCAGAAGUUCCCUUCCGAGAAAUUUCAGAAGUUGGGUCUCAGUUUUUUUGUGUAACGCGCCCGCCACGCCUCGAUAGUAUUAAGAAUCGGAACGUUGGAAGGAAAUUUAAAGCAAAACCCGUUACAGAGGCUGAUGAGUGUUACCCAGAACAGCAUUAUUUUCCUACUCUCUUAUCAAUAGGGGCGGAUCCUAAAGGCUGUACUCACAAACACACGCUAACAAGGGUCCAAUUGACAGGCACUACCAACGUCCAUCCUUACACCUACCGCCGAACUUGA